UUCCAUUGGUCGUUGUGAGCCGAAAAUACACCAAAAAUCAUGGGAACCUGUGAGAUAAGUAAAGUAACACGUUGUCCCGAGUGUCAUUUAAAAACAGGGGGCGGAUCCGAGUUCCUUGAGUAUUUGCAGAGAUUCAUUCAGCAGGAGUUCAGUUCAGACUGACUGCAGUGUUUACCAGAGCUGAGAACUAAUCACACACACAACAACACGACAGUACAGACAUGUCUCUUUCAAAGAUGAGUCGACAACAGCUAUUUACUUUAAUUGCGAUGGCAUCCAUAAACUUCAGCUCAAUGAUUUGCUAUUCAAUAUUAGGACCAUUUUUUCCACCUGAGGCAGAGAGAAAAGGAGUAAGUCAAGCAAUGAUUGGACUAAUAUUUGGAUGUUAUGCCUUCUUUACUUUGGUUGGAUCAUUGAUCUUGGGGAAAUAUAUUGUCCAAAUCGGGGCUAAAUGUAUGAUAAUUGCAGGAUUGUUAAUUUCAGGCAUUACCACUGUAGUCUUUGGAUUCCUGGACAGAGCUCCUGAUGGAACCAUCUUCAUAGUGCUUUGUUUUGUCGUAAGGUCUGUAAAUGCAGUGGGCUUUGCUGGUGCUGUAACAUCCUCAUUUGCUGUAUCAGCAAAAGUGUUUCCCGACAGUAUAGCAACAAUUCUGGGCUUUAUUGAGAUUUUUACAGGAAUGGGCCUCAUACUGGGACCACCUUUGGGUGGAUGGAUAUAUCAGGCAUUCGGAUAUGAAAUUCCUUUCAUUGUUCUGGGAAGUGUUCUGUUUUUGACUGUUCCCUUAAUCAUGUGGAUUUUACCGAACUUUGACGCAGUUGCCUCACAAGGCUCCUUCUUCAAGCUGUGCUCACGAGUAAAGAUGGUGCUUAUUUGCUUUGUGGUGUUCACCUUGAGCUCGGGAAUCGGUUUUUUGGAUGCAACCCUAUCGAUAUUUGCCAUGGAAGCGUAUGGCCUGAGUGCUGAAUCUGUGGGCCUGCUCAUGGUCGCCGUGUCUUUACCGUAUGGUGCUGCAUCUCCUAUUCUUGGGAUACUGAGUGAUAAGUAUCCAUUAAUCAGAAGGUGGAUGAUGGCAAUAGGAGGAUUAGCAACAGCAUUUGGCUUUUGUUUACUUGGGCCUGUUCCUGUCUUUCAUAUUGAUAGUGGACUUUGGCUUACUGUUGUCAUGCUGGUGGUCAUUGGGUUUUCUCUGUGCAUGACCUGCAUCCCCACCUUCACUGAGAUGCUCAUCUGUGCACAUGAAAAUGGAUUUGAGGACAGUUUAAGCACGCUGGGUUUGGUAUCAGGAUUGUUUUCAGCUGUGUGGUCUGCAGGGAUGUUCUUCGGGCCCACUGUUGGAGGAUUUAUCACACAGAAGCUGAAUUUCGAAUGGGGUGCAGGUUUUCAAGGAGGGAUCACCUUUAUUGCAGCAUUCCUACUAAUGUUAUAUUUAACGAAAGAACAAAUAUUUAAAACGAGAUUUCAGAAAAUGAUUGGGGACGAAUGCAAAAUGUACGCAGGAGAAAAAUCCCCUCUUCUCUGCUCAUCUUCAGAAACCUCUGUUUGAUAUGUGCACUAAUUUCUGACCAAACUGGAAGUAUUUGAGGUGCAUCACUACGUGGAACAAACAUUUCCAAGACAAAGGAACCGAAUUCUGACUAAUAAUAGUUAUAAAAAAAAAAAACAUCUGCUUUAGAAUGUAACUUGGGAAUAGUUUUCAAAUUUAUAAUGGACAAUCAGGUGCUACAACUUUAUUGUAUUUGAAAACUUUUGGGAUUCCUGAACCUAUAGCUGCAUUAGUCCACUAAAGAGAGUUUAGAAGCACAUUCUGCUUAGCAAAACACAAACUGUAUGUUUGUUUGUUUGGUUUGUUUUUUUACAGUGUAUGGUUAAUGACUUUCUUUCUACAUAUAGAGAUGAGACUGUAAAUAAUACUAUAUAUGAAAGUGUUUACAUGCUUAAGGCAAAUACCAUAUUAGUGGUAAUCUUCACAUAUUAUGAUUUAUCAAAUUAUAUAUCAUUUAAAUUAUCCAUGUUAUUGAGGCAACAUAAACUUUAUAUACAAGUA